UCUGCUAGUCUGACUACAACAGGUGAAACUUUCUGUUUUUCGUUGAACAUGGCUUCAACACUUUCUCUCUACCUCAUGUGUCCAGUGUGUUUGAGUGACUUCAACGAUCCAGUAAGUUUCCCUUGUGAGCACGUUUUCUGCCGACAGUGUAUUACAAGUUAUUUGGAAUCCCACGAAGGUGCUCACAAAUGCCCGGAAUGCAGACAAAACUUCACCAGACAAGAUCUUAAAGGUAACCGAGUGCUGAGAAAUGUUGUGGACGUCUUACAACAACAAAAACCCAAGACAAGACAACAGUCGCCAAAGAAUGCUCAAGAAAUGCUAUGCUCUGAGCAUAUGGAACCACUUAAACUUUUCUGUGAGAAUGACCAGAGAUUGGUUUGCCUCAUCUGCAAGGAGGGAGAGAAACACGGUGGACACAGUUUCAAGCCUGUAAAAGAAGCUAUGGAGAUCAGUGAGAAGGUUGUGAGGGAAGCACUGAGAUUUAUUUUACAUGACAACAAACAAAUGGGCGACAUGAUCUUGAGUCAGAUGCUUGAAAUGACAAAGUCUAUGGAAAGAGCCAAACGUCUUGAGGAAAAGAUGCAUGCUCAGUUUAACAAAAUGCAUGACUUCUUGAGGAAAAAGGAGGAAGAAAUGGUAAGGCAACUCCGGAGACAAGCAAGCAGUGCCAAAGUAUCAAUGAAGCAAAAUGCAUAAUUUUUAUCAAAGUUGCAAAUAAAUGGAAGCAACCAGGAGUUCAUAUUGGAGUCAGGACUACAGAUGAGCCAACCUGAGAGGUUUUUAGAGUGGUGGAGUGAAAAAGGUUUCCCUUUGGUUGAUGCAAUCUCACUCAGUGAGAACAAAGACAUCAAGUCUGCUCUGCCAACCAAGUAAGAUUCAAGACAUGAUGGUACUCGAGUGAUUUCUGACCACUUCACCCUUGGCCCUUAUGAAACUGACCUGCCACUAAUUGUUUGGAGAGACAUGCUAGGCUCUGUUAAAAAAGACCUAUCAGAUACAUCUACAAUAGACAAAGACCUGAAACUGACUAUCAAAAAAGAUAGCCAUCUGCGGUCUCAAGAGGAAGAUUGCUUUGCCAAAUUCCAGAAGUUUCACAAUGGUUAUAAGGACAAUUAUGUGGAGAACAUACAGCCUGGUCAGGUGUACUGGGAGGUUGACGUAGGAACUGAAGCAGGAUGGGAACAUGGACUUACAGUUAGAUAUUACCCAAAGGAGAAAAAAGGUUCUGUCUGGCAGACACUGUUUUCUAAAUGUUUUGAGAACAUAUCUCUUUCUGUAAAGAAUGACAGACUGUAUGCUGUAAGGGCAGGUGAAGACCCCAGCAGAGUCGGGGUUUAUGUGGACAGUGAGAAAUGUCAGGUUGUUUUUUGCAAUGCAGACAAUAUGACUCUCCUUCACACAGUGUGGUGUGGAGAUAAAUAGAUUUAUAUAGAAAUCAAACAUUCCAUUUACUAAACCUGCUUUGAAUUAUAAGUUACAUUUAUAAACCAUUUAGUCUGAGAAACAGUCUGGUCAUCCAAUUCAUUUUGAUAUAAAUUAUAAUUAUUGUAUAAAUAUUUUGAUUAUUGUUAUAAAUCUUCCUCAGUCUACCUAUUGGGCUGAAGAUAAUAUUUUGAGUACUAGACAAAAACUCUGAUUCUGAGUACCAGACAAAACUUUAACAAGUUUUGGGUACCAGACAAAAUGUAUAUUUGCUGACAGGAUGUCAGCACAAUCUAACAAAAUAAACAACUUGUCCAACAUAAUGUCAUUUGAUGUGGUUUGACGUCAUGUUUAAACUGUAUGUCUUACUUUAAAAAAAGAGUUGAUCCUAUGCAGAUCAGGCCCACUAUAAAUCUGACAACAUCUAAAGUGAUGCUGGGGAAACAGAGAAAUGUUGAUUAAAAAUAAGAAGAAAAUAAAUAAUGACAAAAUUAAAGCAAAAAAACAACUAUUUUUUCACACAGUAUCGUAUGUGAAAUGAUUUGAGAACAAUCUACAGGUGCAUCUCAAUAAAUUA